GGGUUUUCAAGAGCUACAGCACCCUCCAGCUGUGGGGAGAGUGAUGUCAUCAUGUUCGAUGCGUUCAAGUGGAAUGUGCCACCGGUAGCGAUCAGCGUGGAUUUUGGACACACUCACACCCGGCUUUCUCUUCAACUUCAUGAAAUCUACUUGAAUACGAUUCUGUGUUAUAGUACUGCACAAUUAUUAUUUUUUCGCAAUAACUUGGAGGCUUCUCUGACACAGUGUACGCUAAACGAACCAAGAAAAGGACACAGCAUGCUGCGUGCGCUACUUUUCUUUCAUCCAUAGGCUACAUUUGCUUCAGAAGUUUUCUCCCCAAAUACCAACAGUUCCAUGGACGAUAUUUGAGAAAAGCGGAUGGUCUCCAUUACGGAAUACAAUUGGCGACUGAAUGAAUUGAGGCCAAACACAGAAAGGAAACAGUUGAUUCCGCACUACGAACUGAAAUCAUUCGGAUUCUUUGUCGCUAUUCACGUGGUUCCGUCUACAGGAAGUGAUCUGGUCUGGUGGUGGUGUAGUCGGGUGUGGUGUGGUCCAGGGUGUAUAGCCGCUGCUGCUUCUCUCCCUCUACCUGACGCCCUCUGCCCACUGCUGCUUCUCUCCCUCCACCUGACCCCCCUCUGCCCGCUGCUGCUUCUCUCCCUCCACCUGACGCCCUCUGCCCGCUGCUGCUUCUCUCCCUCCACCUGACGCCCUCAGCCCGCUGCUGCUUCUCUCCCUCCACCUGACGCCCUCUGCCCGCUGCUGCUUCUCUCCCUCCACCUGACCCCCGCUGCUGCUUCUCUCCCUCCACCUGACGCCCUCUGCCCGCUGCUGCUUCUCUCCCUCCACCUGACCCCCUCUGCCCGCUGCUGCUUCUCUCCCUCCACCUGACCCCCUCUGCCCGCUGCUGCUUCUCUCCCUCUACCUGACGCCCUCUGCCCGCUGCUGCUUCUCUCCCUCCACCUGACCCCCUCUGCCCGCUGCUGCUUCUCUCCCUCCACCUGACCACAGCUUCGCACCACAACACCUCUGCCUCCAGCUCCGCCCCUCCCCACAGGGAACCCUCCAAUCCACAGCCAGACUACCCCAGCGUGCACGGCCCCCGCCAAGAGCAGUAUGUGAGUGAGUUCGCGCCCCCCGAUGACGUCACCACCGUCUACAGAGAUGCCGGGACCAUCACUGAUGUGUGUAACAGUACUGAUCUUCCAGAGGUGGAGAUCAUCAGUCUGCUGGAGGAGCAGCUGCCCCACUACAAGCUGAGAGCAGACACCAUCUACGGGUAUGACCACGACGACUGGCUCCACACCCCUCUCCUCUCCCCCGACACCAACCUGGACCUCACCGUGGAGCAGAUUGAGGAGACUCUGAAGUAUUUCCUUCUAUGUGCUGAAAGAGUGGGCCAGAUGACUAAGACAUACAGUGACAUAGAUGCUGUUACUCGUCUGCUUGAAGAGAAAGAACGGGACUUGGAGCUCGCCGCCCGCAUCGGCCAGUCACUGCUGAAGAAGAACAAAACCCUCAGUGAGAGAAAUGAAUUCCUGGAGGAGCAAGUGGAGCACAUUCGAGAGGAGGUUUCUCAGCUGCGCCAUGAUCUGUCUAUGAAAGAUGAGCUUCUCCAGUUCUACACUAGUGCAGCAGAGGAGAGUGAAGGAGAUUCGUCCACCUGUACCCCCAUCCGCCACAAUGACUCCACACUGUCGGUGCCAAGAUACUUCCCCCUGGACUCACUGCAGAAGAAACUCAAAGACCUGGAGGCAGAGAACAUCUCUCUCAGAUCAGAGGCCAGUCACCUGGAGACGGAGACAGAGGAGUACGAGGAGAAGGAGCAGCAGCUGGUCAACGACGUCGUCAAAGAGCUGAGAGAUGCCAACCACCAGAUGUCCACCCUGGCGGAGGAGCUGGCGAGGAAGACGGACGAUGGGUCUCGCCAGCAGGAGGAGAUCACACACCUCCUGUCCCAGAUCGUAGACCUGCAGAAGAAGUCCAAGUCUUAUGCAGUGGAAAACCAAGAGCUCACCCAGCAUCUAGGGGCUGCCAAAGAUGCCCAGCGCCAGCUCACUGCUGAGCUGAGGGAGUUGGAGGAUAAGUAUGCAGAGUGUAUGGAAAUGCUCCAUGAGGCCCAGGAAGAGCUGAAGAACCUCCGGAAUAAAUCACUACCUCUCAGUACACCCCGACGCUUCCACUCCCUGGGCCUGUUCCCUAUGGACUCUCUAGCUGCUGAGAUUGAGGGCACCAUGAGGAAGGGGCUGGCUAUGGAUGACCCGGAAGUGGAAGAGCAGAAGUUGCACCCCAAGCGUGUGUUUGAGACUGUGAAAAACAUUAACCUGAUGCGUCAGCGCUCCUCUCUGGCCCCGUCUCCCAUGAACAUCCCCGGCUCCAACCGGUCGUCCUGUCUGAACUCUGGCCGCUCCAGCUGCCUGUCCACGCCCCGCUCCAGCCUGUACGGAGGAGAUAUGGGGAGCAUCCUCAUAGACAACCACACCAACAGCUUCAUACUGGAGACGCCUGACCACAGUACGGAUGACUCCAACAAGAAACCAGGGACCCCUGGAACGCCGGGCUCUCAGGAUCUGGAAGCAGCCCUGCGACGUCUCUCCCUGCGGCGGGACAACUACCUGAGCGAGCGGCGGUUCUUCGAGGAGGAGAGGGAUCGGAAGCUCCAGGGGCUGGUGGAGAAGGGAGAGGUGUACAACGGCAGUAUGACCCCCACAGAGAGCAUCAUGUCCCUGGGAGGAACCCACUCCUCUUCCAUCUGGUCUGGGUACUCCUUCAGCUCCCGCUCCUACCUGCCGGAGAAGCUGCAGAUCGUCAAGCCACUGGAAGGCUCGGCCACCCUGCACCAGUGGCAGCAGCUGGCCCAGCCCAACCUGGGUGGGAUCCUGGACACGCGGCCUGGUGUGGUCACUAAGGGCUUCCGUCCUCUGGAACUAGACCUGGAGCACAUGUACCUGUUCACUGACUUUGAGGAGGAGGACUUUGAGGUAGUGGAGGAGUGUGACCUGUCUGUCUCAGGCUCUACCCCCGGCUGUAGUGGCAUCUCCAUCCUCAGCCGGCAGGGCCUCCGUACCCGCUCCUCCUCCUGCUCCUCCUCCUGCAGCGGCAGAUCCAUCAACAACAACCUUCCAGAGGGAGAAGCCAGGGAAGAGGGCGAGACAGGCCCAGGCAGCACAUCACUGUCGUCCCCUGCACCUCCAGACAGCGAGAACCAGGAGAACCAGGAUCAGGCUGCAGCCGCUGACGGGGUGCCCGCCCACUUCCCUGGUAAAUGCAUGUCCAACACCAGCUCCACCUAUACCUUCACCACCUGUCGGAUCAUGCACCCCUCAGACGAGCUGACCAGAGUCACCCCCAGCCUUAUGUCGGGCCCUACUGCCUCCUGCGUCAUGACCAGCAGCAGCAGCGUCAGAUCUACCCCCUGCUCAACCCCUUGCACCCCGCGCCGCCUCAGCCUGGCAGCCGAGUCCUUCACCAACCUGAGAGACUCCACCAAGACCAUGAGCACUAGUGGAGGUCUGGUGCGGCUCCUCCAGGAGCGAGGCAUCUCUGCAGCAGUCUACAACCCUCAGAGCUGGGACCGGGCAGACUGUAGCACCUCCAUCCCCACUGGGGGAGUAUCGUCGCUUCUACUGCCGCGGCCCCCCAACACCCUACCCUCCACGCCUCCCAACUCCCCAACCCACCGCUCCCUCUGUGCCAAACCCAGCAGCCCCGUGGGCCCCUUCGAACUCAGUCCCAGCGCCCCGCCCUAUGACAACUUCCUGGCAUCGAAGCCAGCCAGCUCAAUCCUGAAGGAGGUGAGGGCAGAGGCCCAGAGCAGUGAGUCAGCAGACAGUGAGUGUCAGACUGACGUCAGCGUCCACAAUCUGAAGCUGGUGGACAAGCUGAAGCGCUUCAGCGUGGCUGGGGCCGGCCCCUCUUUAUCAGGGGCCACGGGGCCCACCAUGCUGGGGCCCCUCAGUGGCCUCCACCGCCCUUCCCACUUCUGCCCUUCUGUGGUGACCAGUCCCAUAGGGGGCCUCGGCCCCGCUCUGAACGCAGGCAUCCGCCGUAACCGCAGCUACCCGGCCAUGGUAGGGGCCGGCAUGGCUAUGAAGGGCCCGGGGCCCCAAAGCCCCACAGACAUGCUCCUGGCUUCUUCCUCCAAGCUCCCCAGACAGACUAGUCUCAAUGAUGGGUGAAUGAAUGUUGACUUUUCUCUUCUGUCUGUCACCUGUCAGAUGAGUUGGAUGUAUAUAUAGCUUCUGUAUGAGUCCCCGGUCUGUGACAAAUCAACUCUGUGCCUGAAAGAGAUGCCCUUUUUACACUGCAUUUUGUAUCAAUGCGAAUUAUUUUGUCUUCCUUUCUUUCUCUAUUCUGUCUCGCUCUCUCUUCUCUCCUGUCCUCUUUCUCUAUUCUGACUCCCUCUCCUGUCCUCUUUCUCUAUUCUGACUCCCUCUCCUGUCCUCUCGCUCUAUUCUGUCUCUCUCUCCUGUCCUCUUUCUCUAUUCUGACUCUCUCUCUCCUCUCCUGUCCUCUUUCUCUAUUCUGACUCUCUCUCUCUCCUCUCCUGUCCUCUUUCUCUAUUCUGACUCUCUCUCUCUCUCUCUCUCCUAUCCUCUUUCUCUAUUCUGACUCUCUCUCUCUCUCUCUCUCCUGUCCUCUUUCUCUAUUCUGACUCUCUCUCCUUUCCUCCUCUCUUUCUCUGUCCUCUUUUCUCUCUGCUUACAAGCCUCAGUAAAUAGUACCAUGAUGUGUUAUUGUGUUAUUGUUGAUUGGCCCUGCAAAUCGGUAGGCUGAAGAUGAUGUACUGUAGCACCUGUUAUCUGUUUAGGAAAAGGAGCGCUUCCAAGCCCAGGUAAACUCAUAUUAAAAAUCUAUUUAUUUUAUUCCCAGGUCUAAACGUAUACUUGUAGAGAUAAAGCACUGUCUCUUCCUGUUAAUUAGCUAAUGAGUGGCAAGCAGUACCAACGAACACACCUUAAGUGGUAUUUAAGGGUAUUCAGUGACAUCAUGACAAUAUGCACAUAACUAAGACCUUUAUUGAGGAAAUGAAAUGUUGGAGGUACAGUAUUCAUACUACUAGCUAGCACAAUACUGGGCAACAACACAUGUUAUUCACCUCAAAGUUGAUCCAAAUAAAGAGUGGGAAGGAUCCACACUUGAAGCUAAGAGGGAUGCAUGGAUGUUUGCCGUGAAUGAAUAGGCUAUGGUUUGAAUUUGGAUACAUUGUAACAGACCAACAUGAUUUAUAGACAUUUGUGUGCAGUGCGAGUAUGUGAGCAUGUGUGUGUGUAUAAAGUUGUUGAAAGAUUUACCUAUAGGCCUAGAUAGUCUAAGAAAGGCUUGAGUCAUUUGGUUAAGGUGAUAAUCAGAUAUACAGGACAUUUCAACCAGGGCCCACUAACUGCUGUCUCCCAAUACAAAAGGUGUGUAGAAGAGUUCUCUGGGAGGUACGCUGUUGACUUUUAUGAGAGAAACAUUAUACAAGUUAGAUUUUUCUUCUGACUUUCAUCUUUCUGGUAACAAGCUUUGGUGACUGAACUGUUAGCUUUAAACUAAAGCCACUGUACUGUAAAUGAAGUUGUGGAGAGAUGGAGGGAAUACGUCCUAGUGCCUCAUACUUUACAUAGUUCCAUUGUUGUUGGACCUCCCUGGUAUGAGCAGACAACUGCUUUGUGUUCUGAGGUUAUCCUCCUCGUACGAGUUUGAACUUGAACUGCAGAGAAGUUGAGCUCUCAUUACAUCUUGGAUAGAUGCAGUAUAUGUGUUGAAAUAAAGAAGAAACGCCUAUUAUUUAUCAUUAACUUCUGACAAAAGUAGAGAUUCGUCCUUGCUGACAUUGUGUGUAACUUGAAUAGCCUUUGAAUGUAUUGAUUAACAGCAGAAAAUAUUAUGUCCACAUGUCUGUUGAUUUAAAUGAUGGUUUUACUGCAUUUCAACCACAAAGGGAAUUAUUAUUAUACUACUUGUACAUUGUAAAUGGUAUGUAUGCAAUGAAUUUAGCCAUGUUAACUAUUUUUUAAUAAACUAGAAUAUAUAUAUAUAUAUAUAUAAGGGACAAAAAUGUUGUUCAGGCCAUGAAGUGGUGAGAACACUGGUUUAAAAACAAGGGUUUUGUGUUCCAGAAUUUCAAGAGCACCAAUUUGCAAAAAAAGCUAUUAUCAAUAAAACAAUUGAUAUGA